AUGGAACGGACGAUGUUUAUAACACUAAUAUUACUUGGAUUUGCAUCUUUCCCUAUCACUGCUAAUAAUUCUAAAACAUCAAAAUAUGUUCGAGGAUGUUAUUAUACUAACUGGUCUCAAUAUCGACCGGAAAGAGAAGGAAAAUUCAUACCUGAAGAUAUUCCCAAAGACCUUUGCACUCACAUUCUCUAUGCAUUUGCUAAAGUGAACUCAGAUGGAACAUCACUACCAUAUGAGUGGAAUGAUGAAGAUUCAAACUGGUCACGUGGAAUGUAUUCUAGAGUUUUGGAUAUUAAAGAAAGUAGCCCUGAAAUCAAAGUUCUUCUUUCUUACGGUGGUUAUAAUUUUGGUUCAUCAAUUUUCACACAAAUUGCAAAAUCACCAGCAAAACGCAGGCACUUUAUUCAAACUGCCAUAUAUUUCCUUCGAAAGCAUAAAUUUGAUGGAUUAGAUUUAGACUGGGAAUAUCCGGUUGGCGUUGCAAAAGAUCACGCUAAUUUCAUUAAGGAGAUUAAGCGAGCAUUCAUACGUGAAGCUGAAUUUCACGUUCGUGAGCGACUUUUGCUUACAGCAGCUGUAUCCGCUGGGAAAUAUACAAUUGAUCAAGCUUAUGAUAUCAAUUCAUUAAAAGAUGAUCUUGACCUAGUUUUUUUGAUGACCUAUGAUUUACAUGGUCAUUGGGAGAAGAAUGUCGACUUACAUGCCAAAUUAUAUCCAAGCAAAAGUUCAAUUGUCGGAUCUGAUGUAUUUAACACCGUGUAUGCAGCAAAUUAUUGGGUGCAAAAAGGCAUGCCAAAAAAUAAAAUAAUCAUUGGAAUUCCAACUUAUGCUCGAGGAUGGACACUGGCAUAUCCGGACCAAACAUACAUAGGAGCCGAUGCAAUUGGAGCUUCUGCACCGUCAAAAACAAAUCCGGAAGGUGGCACCGCUGCUUAUUGGGAGAUAUGUGAGUAUUUGAAAGAUGGUAGUCGAGAGCAUAUUGAAAGAGAAGGUAUGGGUGCAUAUUUGGUAAGAGGAAAUAAUUGGUAUAGUUACGAUAAUAAGGAUACGAUUGUAACUAAGGUAAUCAGUUAUAACAGUACGAAUUCAUAUAUAAAACUAGUGCACAAAAUUAAGCAUAUCAAAAUUGGGAAUAUUUUUGUUUGA